AUGGCCUCUACACACGAGAGUAAAGUAACGCUCGACGAAGUUGCUCGAGUUACUGCAGAAACCUUAACUCAACAUGCGAACGAUAUUCGUAGAAUACAAGAAACUUUCAAUACCUUGCAACCACAACUACGAACAGAACUGGAAGCCUGUCAUAACCUCUUUCGAAACGAAUUAUCAACUACUCAAACACAACUGAAAACUGAUAUACAGGAAGUAAAGGCAGCAAUUAUGGAACUUCAGAAUCAUCUCUUAGCAGGAAAAACGGAAUCAUCAACUACUACCAAAGCCGUCAGCCAAACUCCCACACAACCAACACGUCUUUUUGUUAACACAACAGUAUCCCCUCAUGAUCACAUACCAGUAACCACGCCAAACACACCAACUAUUGUUGUCCCCCCUGUCUCUUCUCUUCCCACAUUUGCAGGAAAGUCAACUGAGAGACCACGACAAUUUUUAUUACGUGUAACAGAAUAUGCUCGGACUAUUCAUAAAUGGUCUACCGACACAUUAUUACAAGGAAUUUCUCAAUUUUUAAAAGAUUCUGCUUUGGAAUGGUAUUGUCAACUCUAUAAUGCCAACAGUCUACCGGAAACAUGGAACGACUUCACCACACAAUUUCUCGCACAAUUUCAUUCACCAAUUCGUGUCGCACAACAGGAACAUGAAUGGGACGAAUGCAAACAGCAGGAAAAUGAAACAAUUAAUGAAUUUGUUGUCCGUCUCCGUUCGCUUUGGCUGGAACAAAAACCUGAAGAAACUGAAACUGAUUUUAUUAAACAUUUAUUCUGCAAAAUGAGACCGGAUAUGUUAACACUCAUGAACGCUAGUCGCUCACAAUCUUUAUCCAACAUUAUUACGGAAGCACAGCAAGUGGAAGAAAUAUUGUACUUACGAAAUAAAGAGGCUAGACGACGUGCAAAUCCGCGACCAAAACCAACUGUAAAUACACCAGUAUCAACAUUAACUACAACCAAUCAAUAUUCAACACGAAACGCACCAACUACGUCGAAUAAUUCUUAUCUACCGACUUGUUGGCGCUGCUAUGAAACUGGCCAUUAUGCUACGACCUGCCCCCUUAACGAAACUCGUCGCAAUUAUGAUUCGAAUGAAUAUAACCAACCGCCAUUACCUCAACACUCUUUCCCAAACCAACCACUAUCAAUCAAUGGACGGAUUGGUUCACUACCAAUUAGUUUCUUGAUUGAUACUGGUUCCACCCUCACCCUCAUCAAUUCUCAAAUAUUUAACCAACUCAACCCACGACUAACACAAACAAAAAACAAGCCACCUUCCGCACUAUCCUUACGUCUAGCUGAUCAUUCACCACUCACUGUUCAAUGGGUCGUGACUCUACCUUUUACUUUUAAUCAUACUACACGUUGGCAUCCAGCAUACGUGGUACCUAACCUAUGGCGACCAUGUAUUAUCGGCAACAACUUCAUACAUACACACGAACUUAUCAUUGAUGGAGCACGUCAAUGUGUUUAUUAUGCGUCUCAACAUAAUCGAACUCUCCCCUACUCAUCAGUCGAAACAAAUUACUCUGUUAUUCAACACGAAUCUUCACCGACAAACUCACCUCAUAAUUCGUCCAACAUUCAUGUUAUAUCCCAUUCAAAUGAAGAAAAGUCAUCUGAACAACCCGAUUUACAUAAUUCUAUACUAAAUGAACACCAACAGCAACAAUUAGCUAAUGUUAUUCAAUCAUUUCCACAACUGUUCACUAGUGUACCAGGACGUACAAAUGUUAUAAAACAUCAUAUUGAAGUACAACCUGGCAGCAAACCAUGUAACUCACCUCCGUAUCGUUACGCCCCAGCUCGUCGUCAAGCCAUCGACGAAGAACUCAAAACGAUGUUAAACGAAGGUGUUAUUACCCCAUCUAAAAGUUCAUGGGCAUCUCCAGUAGUAUUAGCCCCUAAAAAAGAUGGAUCAAUGCGUUUCUGUAUCGAUUAUCGAAAACUCAACAAUCUUACAAUACGUGAUGCAUAUCCAUUACCCCGUAUCGAUGAUACCUUAGAUUCAUUACAACAAGCUCAGUUCUUCUCAACGCUCGAUCUCCGCUCAGGCUACUGGCAAGUGGAAAUGGAUGAAGCUAGUAAACCACUCACGGCAUUUGUUACGCAUAGAGGUCUUUUCGAAUGUACAGUCAUGCCGUUUGGCCUUACAAAUGCACCAGCUACAUUUCAACGAUUAAUGGAUAUUGUAUUAGCAGGACUUAAAUGGCAAUGUUGUUUAGUAUAUCUAGACGACAUUAUUGUAUUCUCCGCAACAUUUGAACAACAUCAACAUGACUUACGAAAAGUUUUUACUGCCUUAUCUGAGGCGAAUCUAACGCUCAAAGCUACGAAAUGUCAUUUUUGUCUUCCCGAAAUCAAAUACUUAGGGCACUUAGUCACAUCUGAAGGUAUUAAACCAGAUCCAGCACUUGUCGAAACUGUCGUCGAAUGUAAGCAACCAAUUACGAUUAAAGAUGUUCAAGCUUUUCUAGGACUAACCGGUUAUUAUCGACGUUUUAUUAAAAAUUAUGCUCAAAUUUCAGAACCCCUUCUGAAAUUGCUAAGAUCCAAUCAAACCAAAACAACACGUUCACCGGUACAAUGGAAUGAUGAUUGUACAACUGCAUUUAAUACGUUAAAACAACGAUUAGUAUCACCACCAAUUAUGCAACACCCAAACUUCUCUUAUCCGUUUAUACUAGAAUUAGACGCAUGCGAAUACGGCAUUGGAUGCGUCCUUACUCAAGAAUUUGACAAACGCAAAUAUGUCAUCGCAUACGCCAGUCGAACCCUCAACACGGCCGAAAGAAACUACAGUGCCGUCGAACGCGAGGCUCUCGCUAUAGUCUGGGCAACCAAACAUUUUAGACAGUAUAUUGAAGGAGGGCCAACCAUCGUUCGUUCUGACUGUAAGGCUCUACAAUGGUUGAAAAAUACUCGAGAUCCAACUGGCCGAUUAGCAAGGUGGGCAAUGAAUCUUUCUCAAUAUAACAUCAUUAUACAGCAUCGACCAGGCACAAAGAAUCCAAAUGGAGAUUUUAUGUCACGAUAUCCGAUAAAUUCAUCAGAUGUCGAAGCUACGGAAUUGAAUUCCAUUGAAUACAGCAUCAAUAUCUUAGAAGGUACCAAUCUGCUAGAUAAUAUUCAAAAAGAACAAGAAAACGAUCAACGAUUACAAUCGCUCAUUAGAACAAUUACUUCACAACCAGCUAAACCUUUCAAUACCAAACAUGCACCAUAUGUAUUAAUCAACAAUUUGUUAUAUAAGGUACGUCAUUUUAAUACAUACACCGACCACCGAAUCCUUGGUAACAAACAUCUUCUCGUCAUACCGCAAUCAUUACAACAACCAAUUCUACAAAUCGCGCAUGAUCACCCAACUGCUGGGCAUGCUGGACGGUUUAAAACUUUGUACCGUCUAUCAUCACGCGUUUACUGGCCAUCCAUGAGAAAAGAUGUAUUCAAAUACGUACAAACCUGUUUAACUUGUCAACAAUAUAAAUAUGAUAAUUCACCCAAAACUCACCCAAUGCAACUACAUACUGUUUUACAACCAUGGCAUACGAUAGGAAUUGAUAUCAUGGGACCAUUCCCACCAACCUUCCGACAAAAACGAUUCCUGUUAGUCGUUGUGGACUAUUUUACGAGAUGGGUAGAAUUAUUUGCACUUCGACAAACUACUGCCACACAUAUCGCCAAUAUAAUCAUCGAUGAAAUUAUUUGCAGAUACGGUGCCCCAAUAUUUAUACUCUCUGACAAUGGUCCUCAGUUCAUCUCAAGCUUAUUUAACGAAGUUUGUAAAGGCUUAGGUAUUACACGUAAGUUCACAGCCAAUUACCAUCCACAAACAAACAUGACAGAACGAGUAAACCGAAAUCUCAAAACUUUAAUUGCUAUGUAUACCCAAAACAGCCCAGGGUUAUGGGAUAAGCAACUUCAAAAAUUUGCAUUUGCAAUACGAACGUCAAUUAACGAGUCUACAGGUGACACACCGGCUUUUCUAAACUUCGGGCGAGAUCCUAUAACACCACUGGACCUCAUUCUUACCAACUCACCAACUAAUACAGCAGUGAUUACUCCCGAACACAAGUUUCUACAAAAAUAUCGUAAUGAACUAAUUCAAACAUUACGAAAUACUUACCACCUGGUUCGUGAACAUUCUCUUGUCCAAAAAAUUAGUCAAAAAAAUAAGUAUGACAAACACACAAAACAACGACAACUUGGCGUAGGUGAUUUAGUAUGGGUCCAAAUACCUACUCCUCAAAUAGACAAUGCCACCAUUUCACAUAAACUACGACCAAAAUAUCAAGGACCAUGCCGACUGAUUGAACAACUUUCACCAUCUACAUUUAAUGUGCUACGUCUCAAAGACAAUGUUAACAUCGGCACCACCAAUAUCGAUCGAAUGAAAUUAUAUUACGAACCCCACGAUAGUACCAUUCCUGCCUUAUCCACUCAAAAUUCCCCCUCUCCCCCUCCAGCCCGACGCUAUUUUUUACGAAAUCGUAAACAUUCGCACCCGUAUGAAUAA